AGAAACUGUGUACAACCAUGCAUGACAUUAGAGGAACUUCCUCUGUGGAUGCUGUAAAUUCAGUUUUGUUUGCAAACAUCACGGAACUGAUGAAUUAAUAAAUGUUAUAACUUUGAUGAUAAAACUAUGUAAUCUUCUUAUAAAUGUUCUACAUUUCUGAUAUUUUGGAAACGUGGAAUAUGUUGUUACAUUUCACAUAUGUGUAACUCUAAGCUUACUAUAUUUUAAUCAAAAAGAAUAGUCAGGCGGUGUACUUCCUCUCAUCAAGAAGUUUCCUGCGUAUAACAGUCAUGCCAGAUUAACUGCCAUCAACACACGAGAGAAGUCACACAUGCUUCUUGAGGUGGAAAAACAACCAUGAAUGUCUCAAAAAUGGACGAAAUCAAAAUGGACAAUGCCACCUUGGCCAUGUUUGACAACAAAUUGGCCAGUGAUGUUGUGUCAGCCAUCUAUGUCAUUGUGACCCUUGCCAAUCUGAGCGGUAACGGCAUCUCUCUGUUUCUGUUACUGAUGCGCACCUCUCCGAAAACCCCCUCCAUCAUCUUCAUGAUCAACCUCACCCUGACUGACUUGAUACUGGGCACUGUGCUCCCCUUUCAGAUUGCGUACCAAAUGCAGGGUUACAACUGGACUUUGGGUACGGGUAUGUGCAAUGUACUGACGGUGGUUUUCUACAGCAACAUGUACUGCUCCAUUUUAUCCAUGACUGCCAUCAGCGCCGACCGCUAUGUGGGGAUUGUGAAACCGAUGCGCUUCAGAGAGAUGAGGAAGAGGAAAACAUAUGCAGUUGUUGCCUGUAUAUUCAUAUGGCUGCUAGUCCUUGUGAUUCUGAGCCCCCUGCAAAAAACAGAUCUGACAUAUUUUGUAAAGGAGCGCAAUAUCACCACGUGUUUUGACGUGUUGAGGAAGAGCAUGCUCCCGAGCACUGCUCACUGGGCGGGCUUCAUUUUUGGCAUGUUCAUCAUCCUCUUCCUCUGUCCGUUCAUCAUAACUGUGUUUUGCUACAUUAACAUCAUCUGCGUUCUGGUCAGAAAGACCAAUAGUCAUCAGAAAGGCCGUGCUGUGCGGUUGGCAUGCAUCGUUCUGUUUGUGUACAUUUUUUGUUUUGCUCCCAAUAAUAUAUUACUAUUGGCCCACGGAAUCAUAAGGCUGUACUAUGACCAAUCUCUCUAUAUUUACUAUAAACUCUCCCUGACUCUUAGCUGCAUUAAUAGUUGCAUAGAUCCGUUUAUUUAUUAUUUUGCAUCGAAAGAGUUUCGUCGAAAGCUAAGGCAAAUGCUGAGGUUGCAGACUCUCAGUACGGGAGAGAUGCAAAUGACUGAGGGUCGUAGAGAAAGCUUUUUCUCUGGACGAACAAUGAGCAAUGCAAAUGAGGACUGUGACAAUUUUUAACAUUUCUUUUGUUGUUUUUAAUAUCAUUUUUAGUUUCUGCUAUUUUUAUUUUGAGAAGAUAUUGGGGGAAUUGUCAGAAUCAGCAGCAAUAUGAGCAGUUGUAUGAGUCAGAGCACGAGUGCUUACAACCACGGCUCUGACACAAUUCAUAGUGCUUAUAAUAAUAUAAUGCAAACCCAGAAAGGACCACUUCCCAAAGAUAUUUUUCUUGUUAUUGUUUUGUAGCGUUUAGCUUUUGUUCUGUUUUGAUUUCCUGGCUGAGCAAUUGAGGAAAAGCAUGCUGCUCAUGCAUUCAGGGCGCGUGAUGUUGUGUAUCUGUUUUUUUUUUUUUUUUUUUGGUAUCAUACACCAAGUUCCUUCUCACCGAAACUUUGACAUAUUUUUUUGUACAUUGAUGUGUGGUUAACAGCAACUUCAGUAAUUUCUGAUCUGACUGAAAAACUACAAAGACUUAUUGUGGCAGCUAUUUUAGAUGUAUUGCUAAUAUGUAAAUUAUUUUAUACUAUGAAAUAUGCAGUUAUUGUUUAGUUAGAAUUCAUUUUCUUUUCUAUGAGCUAAACUGUUUUAAUAUUUAUUUUACUUAUACUGUUUGUAAUGUGCCUGUAUUAUUACAAUCUUUUUCAUUGUUAUAUGUUUGUUUAUUUAUUUUUUUAUUUUUUAUUGCUGGGCAUUAUUUUUCUUUGGUUACAAAGUAUACAAAGUCAUAUGGGACAUUCAUUUUGUCAUGUUAAAUUUAAUAAACACAUCUAAACAAAUUGAUUUUGUAAUUAUUGUUAUUCUGAGAUUAAAUAUUACAUGUGGCCUAUUCAACAAAAUCAAUGUAACAUCCAACUAACAGGCAACAACUGUUAGGCUAAUUGUUCUGAGAACCUCCACCACAGACAUGUCACAGCGAGGUCAAGAUUUUUUUUCAGUUCCUUUGAAACUGAGAACUAUGGCAUGUCAGGUGAAGUACUGUGCAAAGUACAUGUAGUGAACAAAUGGAACUUUUAAAAAGAUCAAUGAAAAUGAUCAGUGCAAGACCUCAGUGGAAAUAAAAUAGCUUUCAGGAAAUGGAUAUAAGUGGUCUCAGACCGAUGAGAAGUAUACAACUGAAUUCUAAAGAAAAUGCCCAGUGCAAUGCACAAAAAGGAAAUUAAGUAGUUUGCAAAUGCCACUUCAAAGUUUCAAGUGUCCUACGACAGGUUCAAGAGAGAGAGAGAGAGAGAGAGAGAAAGAGAGCAUUUAUUUAGCAGAUGCAUUUAUCAUAUACAUUAUUUACAUUCAUGCAUAUAUAUUAUAUUAAAUAUGGAUGUCUGCUAUGCAUCUCAUAGGGCCUUAAUAUGACUUAGUAAUAGGAUGACCAUGUCCUGAAAAAGAUUUCUAAAUAGCCCAAAAUCUGGGUUUUGAAUUUGUUUUCCUAUUGACAGCCUCUCUACAGUCCUGAUUUGUAUUUGCAUUGCUUUGACUGUUUGACUGAUCCCACCUUCGAGCAAACUGACAUACAAUGCCUGAAUACUAUUGGUCAAACUACUUUUCAGUCAUUAUCUUAUCUCCAUCAAGUAUAAAAACAAUAUGAAAACAAAGGCAAAAAAAAAAAAAAAAAAAAUCUAGUAUUUUAGCCAAUUUAGAAAUGACAGCCAGGUAAAGAGGAUGUAUGAUCACCCUACUUAGAAAUAUUAAAAGAGUUGGUGCAAUUUUAGUGGGAAGCUGUAUCAUAUCAGUG